CAUUUUCAAAAUCAGAUCUUUCCUCUCACAGUCUCUCCGUUUCAAUCCUUUUGAACUCUCCGUUUCCUCUUCUAGAGCCAAGAGGGCAAAAUCACAUACUUAGCACCUCAAUUUCAGGCUUUGAGGCUCGGAUAAUCCAAAGCUACUGUUAGCCAAGAUAGUGUGAAAUUCAUCGCUAGAAAUGGGAGAGAACUUCGAUAUUCAAGCUCUGAUGUCUUACGGAGACGAUUUGAUCAACUUACUGAAUGCUAAGAAUCGGUUCGACGUCGUAUCGCAAAGCUUCGAUCACUCAGAAGCUCUCCACGAGGAUCUCAAUCAGAUUCAGGAAUCUAUCAAAGAUUGUAAGAAGAAGCUAGAAGCUUGUAAGAAGAAAACAGACGAAGCUUAUUCAGAUGUUUCAGCUCGAGAUGACGAGAUCGAGCGUCUUCAGAGAGAGCUUGAUGAAGAUAUGGAGCUAGAACGCAAGAUAAAUGACGAGCUUAGAGUCCUUGCUGAUGAACUCAAAGACCUGAAGGCCCAAUGGGCUUCCAUUGAUGAAAAGAGGCAAUCUUUAAAGAGAAAAGAUCGUGACGACUUAAGAGCUGAGAAGAAGCUUUCUAUGUAUGCGUGUGUCACUAAGGUUAUACCAGAAGCAGACGUUAAUGAUCCAUUCAAGAUCUCAGCCUAUAUGGUAGAUGGCGAGAAAAGAGUUGAGAAGUUCCAAUUAGAGACAAAUGAGAUAUCGGCCUAUGAGUCAUGUAACAGUAUCUGGAGCAUCAUUAACAAGCAAUAGACAGAGGACGAGUUCAUUUGUUUGAUGUGUUUGUCUGAACAGUCUUGGUUUUUAGCUUAGCAACCAAUGACCUUUAUACUGAUCUCCACGGUUCCUUAGAUGUAGAAACCUUUCCUGCUUAGCUUGCGUUGGCCUUUUUGUAAUUUUGAUUACGAAUCUUCUUCUCCUGUAAUAUUAUUCUAACUAUUGAACCUGCUAGUGUCUCUCCACUGAACCA